GGUUGUUUAAGUGUUUAGUGGAGUGGUGAUGGCCGUUGAAGGGGAGUGUGAUCUGUGGGUUGUAGUUCAGCCUGAAGCUGUGAGAGCCCGGUGAGAGAGCGGUGAGAGCGCGGCGAAGUGCGCCGUGAGCAGCGAUAGUGGCUAGGCAGUUAUAAUAUGAUGCGGUGUAGUAUAGAUGCUUGAUGCUUUCAGACGCAGGCAGACUGGCCGUUCUCGGCGACGGCGACGGCGACGGCGAUGAUGUUAGCCACCAACACAACGCACAACAGGUACUUACCAUGUCGUUGGUAAGUUGGUGUGUUGGUAGGUACCAACCGUGACUGUCAUGCUCGCCAUCAUGCUCGCCAUCAUGCUCGCCGCCAUGGAAGUUGCAGGAAGCCCUGGAAGCCCUGGAAGCCCUGGAAGCCCUGGAAGCCUGGGAAGCCUGGAAGCCUGGAAGCCCUGGAAGCCUGGAAGCCCUGGAAGCCCUACCUUUCUAGGUACCGAAAGUUACUAA